AUGAAACUGGAAUCUUCUUCCUAUUAUUUUUUUUAUUUUUCUUCUUCCUCGUCUCCUUUUUCUUCCCCCUUUCUUCUUUAUCUUCUUUGUUGUUCUUUUUCUUUCCUUCUCUUUCUUCAUUUUUGUUCUUUUUCUUUUUUCUUCCUCUUUUUCUUUUCUUCCUCUUUGUCUUUUCUUCUUUUUGCUGUUGUUCUUCUUCCUCUUUCUUUUCUUUUUCUUCCUCUUUUUCUUUUCUUCUUUUUCUUCUUUCUUCUUUUUCUCUUUCUUCCUUUUCUUCCUCUUUUUUCUUUUCUUCUUUAUCUUCUUCUUUGUUCUUCUUCCUCUUUUUUUUCUUUUUCUUCUUUUUCUCCCUCUUUUUCUUUUCUUCUUCUGUAUUCUUUUUCUUCUUCCUCUUUUUCUUUUUCUUCCUCUUCUUCUUUUUCUCUUUCUUCUUUUCCUUCCUCUUUUUCUUUUCUUCUUUUUGUUGUUGUUUUUCAUCUUCUUCUUCUUCUUCUUCUUCUUCUUCUUCAAAGCAAUGACAUUGCAUUGUUUUAUACUGUUUCCUCUUCUUCUUUGUUCUUCCUUGUCUUUGUUUCUCCCCCUCUUCCUUCCUCUCUCCUUCCCCCUCACUUUCUGGCUCUCUCCUUUUCUUUCUCUCUUUCUCUCUCUCUCUCUCUCUCUCUCUCUCUCUCUCGUUUCCUGUUUUUCCACUGCUUUUCCCUCUGGCGUUAA